AUGACGUGUCUUAAUAACCUCCGUGACUGUAGUAAUAGCAGGACUAGUGGCCAACCGUUGAAGUUCUAUCGGUUUCCAGGAAAGCCAUACGAGUGUGCUCGACGCCAAGCCUGGAUCGUGGCAGUGCGCCGGCAAAAUGUGGGGACGACAAACUCCUCCCUGUCGUUCUCAUUUUAUUUCGUCUCAGUUUUUCGUAUAUUGCAACAAAAGUCUUGCAUUAUUCCUUUUUUCAGCGAGGACAGUACGAACUGGAUGCCCUCAGCGCCGACCAGGAUAUGCAGCGCCCAUUUCGUCGGCAAUCGCCGGAACGACGCGGAAGCCCACCCAUCUUACAUCCCGACAAUCUUUCCUCCAGUGUACAAAAAAAGGCACCCAACGUGGAGAGGGCGAAGAGGUACUAGUAACCUGAUUUCUGUCUAGAGCUCUGCAU